AUGAGAUGGACACAACAAGAGGACGAUCUUCUUUUAAGACUAAUAAAAACUUAUGGAAAAGAUUGGCAUAAACUUUCCGAAAUUUUAGGUAGACCGUAUUAUAACAUUUCAUAUCGAUAUAUGUGGAUAACAAGUAAAACUUGGUCACCUGAGGAAAAUGCACAUUUACAUUAUGCGAUCAAACAAAUUAUGGGUGUUAACUUUGGAAAUGAAAAAAUAAAAAUUUCUGAUAAUAAAUGGAAUUUGAUUAUGAAAAUAUUUGGUGAAAAAUUUCCCGAUAGAACUUUAGAAGAAGUUAAACAUAAUUGGAAACAAUAUGGUAUAGGUGGAAAUGUUAAUGAUACUCAUAAAAUUCGGAAUAAUUCUGCUAUUGAGAACAAUGAUGGUAAAGAACAAGUUAAUGCUGGUGUUUGGACUGAUGAUGAAAUUAUGAAGUUUGAAUUUGCGUUAGAAAAACAUGCUGAUCAAUGGACUUUAUGUGAAAUUGAAGAAUGGAUGGAUUUGUGGAGAAAGAUCAGUGAGGAUGUUGGAACUAGAAGUGCAAGGCAGUAUCAAACCAUAGAGCAAUCAGUAGAACAAUCUGCAAAGGAAUCAUUAGAGCAAUCAGUAGAACAAUCCGCAAAUGAAUCAUAUCAACCUAGAUCCUUUGAGUUUGACUGUUCUAUCAAAUUUG